CUGGCUCAUGAAUAUUAAGUAGCAAGUCUUCAACGUAGUAGAAUCGGCGGAUUUGAGCGCUUGCGUGGACAGACACCUCAUGGACACAAUGGCGGGGAUGAAGUUCAAGUGUAAUGAUUAAUGCUAACGAGUAUAUAAGAAACGUAAAAAGUCGUAAAUUGAAGUUCACUGAAGUUUUGUGAUUGUCACCACCGCACGCGCGAGCUCGAAGUUCCUCGUGCGCAGCAAGUCACCAUGGCUUUGAUAAGACUGUUGACCAGACUGAGUGGAUAUGUGCACUUGAAACAAGGUUUGGAGUGUUUGGGAGCCAGUUCUCCGAGCAAGAGAUUACAACAGCACACUGCAGCCCAUUCAUCUUCAUGCAGCUAUCAGCUGCAGCCUGACUGCCUGGAGCUCAGCUAUGGUGGUCUUGUAAUGCACUUUGACUACGUGUGGCUGAGAGAUCACUGCCGCUCCGCUUCAUGCUACAACUCAAAAACGAACCAGCGUAACCUGGACACUGCCAGCAUUGAUCUGAACAUCAGACCUUCAAAGAGCAGAGUGGAUGAGAACAACCUCUUCCUCACAUGGCCAGAUGGUCACAUCACACGGUACAAUCUCACAUGGCUGGCCCAGAACAGCUACGAGGGCCAGAAGCGAAGUGCCGUGCAACCUCGUAUCCUGUGGAGCGCAGAUAUCUACUCCAGCGCUGAGGUGCCCUCUGCUAGUUGGGACAAGUUCAUGAGCUGCGACGAGGAGCUGAAGAACUUCCUCAACAACUUCCUGCUUUACGGAAUUGCCUUCGUCGAAGGCGUCCCACCAACCCUAGAAGCUACUGAAACAGCGACCCAAAGAGUGAGCCUCAUCAGGGAGACCAUGUAUGGGCGGAUGUGGAACUUCACUUCAGAUUUUUCUCGUGGAGAUACAGCCUACACAAAGCUGGCACUGGACCGCCACACCGACACGUCAUACUUUCAAGAACCCUGCGGCAUCCAGGUGUUUCACUGUCUGAGACAUGAAGGAACGGGGGGCAGAACUCUGCUGGUGGACGGUUUCCACGCCGCUGACGCGGUGCUCCAGCGAACGCCCGAGAACUUUGAGCUGCUUUCACACGUGCCGAUAAAACACGAGUAUGUGGAGAACCUGAGUGAGCAUCGCAACCACAUGAUCGGCAUCGGCCCCGUGCUCAACGUCUAUCCGUGGAACAAUGAGGUGUACAUGAUUCGGUAUAAUAACUAUGACCGUUCUGUUAUUAACACAGUCCCUCAUGAUGAGGUGCGGCGCUGGUACGCGGCUCACAGGCAGCUCACCGCUGAACUCAGGAGACCAGACAAUGAGCUGUGGGUCAAACUCAAACCAGGGAAGGUCCUGUUCAUCGAUAACUGGCGCGUUCUGCAUGGCAGAGAGUCGUUCACCGGCCUGCGGCAGCUGUGCGGAUGUUAUCUGACGCGUGACGAUGUGCUGAACACGGCUCGCUCUCUGGGGCUCCAGGCCUGAGCGCCUAAUGCUAAACUACCCAGCCAUCAUUUACCAAAAACACCUUGGUUUCUCAAGCGUUAGGACAGCAGAGGAUCACAACAGUAUUACUUAUCAACUCAACUCUUUGUUUGAAUGAUUUUAUGAUCUUAAUUAAAUGAGUUGCUUGUA